AUCCAAGUUUUCUCAAUUACCACUUUCUGGUGUCCAGUGUGGUUAAUAACACAGAGUAAACAUGUCUAAUUCUCUCUUCUCAUUGCUCAUUCUUUUGCUUCCUUGCACUAUUUUAGCCUCACCACAUUCUCCUGAAGAUUUUGAUGAGCCAAUCACUUCCUUCCCAGGGGAAACCAUUUACACUCUCAAAGUUCCAACAUUAGAGGAAAACAACUUCGAUAAUCUCCUAUCCUUUGGUCACUACCAAAAAAGCUGUCCACAAUUUGAAUCCAUCCUAAACAGGAAAGUGCAAGAAUGGAUUCAUAAGGAUUACACUUUAGCAGCUAGUCUCCUAAGGUUACAUUUCCAUGAUUGCUCAAUCAGGGGAUGUGAUGCUUCUAUUCUUUUGAACCAUGAUGGAAGUGAGAGGUCAGCACAGGCAAGCAAGACACUGAGAGGAUUUGAUGUGAUUGAUGAUAUUAAGGCAGAGCUGGAGAAGCAUUGCCCAAAAACAGUUUCUUGUGCAGACAUUCUGACUGCUGCUACCAGGGAUGCCACUGUUAAGUUGGGUGGUCCAUAUUGGCCAGUUCCUUAUGGAAGGAAAGAUGGGUUGGUCUCCAUUGCCAAGGAAGCUGAAAUGGUGCCUAUGGGUCAUGAAAACAUUACUUCCUUGGUUGAGUUUUUCCAAUCCAAGGGCCUAAAUGUGCUUGACUUGGUGGUUCUUUCAGGGGCUCAUACUAUUGGAAGGGCUUCAUGUGGAUCAAUUCAAUAUAGACUAUACAAUUACAAUGGAACUGGGAAACCUGACCCUUCCAUAGCUCCCAAGUACCUCAACUUCUUGCAAAGAAAGUGUAGAUGGGCCUCAGAGUAUGUUGAUCUUGAUGCUACUACUCCAAGAGCCUUUGAUCCUGUAUACUACAUCAAUCUCAAGAAGAAGAUGGGAUUGUUAUCCACAGAUCAGUUGUUGUAUUCUGAUCCAAGGACUUCUCCUAUUGUUUCUGCAUUUGCUGGUGCCCCUUACGUUUUCACACACCAGUUUGCAGUGUCCAUGGCAAAGCUUGGCGAUGUUGAAGUUCUCACGGGGGAAGAUGAAGGGGAAAUCAGGACCAACUGUAAUGCCAUCAAUGCUUAUUGAUAUCUCCUAGUUUCUGCUUUGAACAAUUUUUGAUUUGUACUUGGCUCUUGUUGUCUUGCUUUCUUUUUUCAUGAAUAUUACUAAUAUUUGAAAUCA